AGACUUGAAAGAGAGUCAAGCGACAUUAAUUAUGUGUCGGCAUGAAAAGGAUGAUCUGGACAGACGUCUGACCGUCGCGCUCCAGCAACUAGACACGUGCAAGAGAGAACGGGACGACGCUAGCGGAUCUCUCGCUCUAGCCAAUGAACAGAUCGAGUCGCUGAAGGAGAGUAAUGAACGUUUGGAAGAGGAAGCGGCCGAGCUAGCAGCGUUACGUGCAAGAGCGGCGUUGGCUGACACACUCGAAGCUCAGCUGCAGCGUGAGACGGAGCGCGCGUGGACGGCGGAGCAAGCGCUGAGCACGGAGCGCGCGCGCGCCGAGACCUGCCUGCGCCGCGAGGCCGCCGCGCUGGAGCACGCCGCGCGCCUCACCGCCGCGCACGUGCACGAGCGCGCGCGCGCCGCCGAGCACGACGCCAAGGCUCAAGCUCUGGCCGCGGACAACACAUCCCUCCGGGAGACGGUGCAGGUGUUGCAGGAGGAGGCUGGCAAGUUAAGAUCAGCGUUGAAUGAUGAGAUGGAUCGACGGAAUAAAGAGAACCGGGUGCUGGCUAGGAAGGUGGCAGAACUAACAGAGGAAGCUGCAGAGGCAAACAAGAAGUUGGAGUACGAGCAGGGAGAGAACAGCGUGCUGAAGAAGAAACACGCGAGUGCCAUAAAGGAAUUAAAUCGGGAACUAAACCGAGCUCUGAAACGAAUAGAGAUGCUCGAAGCGAAGCUACCUCAAAAUGACGCCAACUCGACUAGAACAGGUUCUGUGUCAUCUUUAAGCAGUAUCGACAGUCCGCACGAUGAACGCGUUCAGAAUGGACACGCAGACAUACCAGACGUGCAGAAGGAAAAUGAGGUUUCGAUGCCGGACCAGCGGCUGCUGGUGGAGCGCAUCGUGUCGCUGCAGCGCGCGGCGGCGGCGCGCUCGGAGCGCUGCGAGUUUCUGCAGGAGCACUGCGCGCAGCUGACGCGCGAGCUGCGCCGCAAGUCGCGCGUGCUGCGCGCCGCGCUGCCCGCGCUGCCGCCCGCCGCGCUCGCCUCGCGCGCCGCCGACCAGCACAAGACGAAAAGGAAAUUUUCUAAGAGUGAAAUCGCGCAACUCGGCGGUGGUGCGAUGGCAGCGGUAUGGGGGGGAGACCCUGGUGGGAUGACGCUCGAACUAUCGCUGGAAAUGAACAAGCGACUUCAGGCCGUUCUCGAGGAUACGUUACUGAAAAAUAUCACACUUAAGGAAAACAUAGACACAUUAGGAGAAGAAAUUUCAAGAUUGCGCGAACAAGUGAAAAACAACGAGAACAAAUAAUACGAUCACAAGUACCUUAAACCUUCGUAAAUUUAUUUAUGCGUCUCUCUCUCACAUAUGGAUUUAAUCUUCCGUCUCGUUCGUACAUAUGUGUCAUUUAAAAACGUCAAAAUAUGGCGUUAAAGCUAUCACAUGUACCUUAAUUCGUUAAUUUAUUUGUAUAGGACGUUGUCUCUUUCUCGCGUAUGGAAUUGAUCUACCGUCUCGCUCGCACUUGUCGUAUUUAUAUGCGGUAUAUUUUUUUUGUUAUUAAUCUUAUAAAUCUUACAUAAUUCUUGAUAGAGUGUCGCAAAAGAACUAAAACAAACGAGCCAAAUUUAUUGUCUUGGUGUGUGACAGCUACGCUUGACACUCGCCGAACGUCAUACUUUACUAGUGUGCGUACUUAGAGGCCAACUGUGACCGCUACUUUUCGACGUGUUCUCAUCUUUGACAGUUUAUCUAGACACAAUAAUUAUAUCUAUUUGAUAUGAAAAGACUUGAACUCUUGAGCCCUCUUAUACAAGUCCCCUCCCAUCUGAUCCCCCCCACUGCCGCUUGUUUUAACAUAACUUUAUAUGAAACAACUAACUUUCACCUCUAAUACCAUUUUACUUAACGAAAUGACUACCCAAGUUUACAUUAAAUUAACAUAAUUUUCAACUAAUAUAUUGUCAAUUUAUAAAUCUAUUCUAUUAUAUUCUACAAACAAUGAUCUAUUUACGAUAAGGUCUAAAUUGAAUCGGAAUAUAAUAGGGAUCGUAUCGUAACCGAUACAAAUAAAUAGCAUUAGUC